AUGUCCACCUGUUCAUGCAGCGUUAAGGAAAAUCAGAACCGGGACAACCACGUCUCCAAAGAGGGAAUUGCAGCUGAGGCUGUUCAACUCCCCAGUGGGAAUGCGAGGCAUGGGCGGAAACGUCCCUUAGAAGAAGGCAAUAAUGGGCAUACCAAUUCCAGGUACAGGCCCAGGAAGCGUAAGAAAGUCCCUCGGCCCAUACCGCCCAAAAAUGCUCUUAUGCAGCUGAACGAGAUCAAGCCAGGGUUGCAGUAUAAGCUCCUCUCUCAGACUGGGCCGGUCCAUGCACCAGUCUUUGAGAUGACCGUGGAGGUCAAUGGGCAGGUUUUUGAAGGUCUGGGUCCUACCAAGAAGAAGGCUAAGCUGAGUGCAGCAGAAAAGGCACUGUGCUCCUUCGUCCAGUUUCCUAAUGCAUCGGAAGCACAUGCUGCCAUGGGCCGGACCCUGUCUGCUCACACGGACUUCACCUCGGACCAUGCCAUUCCAGAUAUGCUCUUUAGUGCAUCGGAGACAUUCAACCCUACAGAAGACACUUUUUACCUUGGUUCCAAUACCAGUUUCUUCAGUUCACUGGGAAUAGAGUACCCAUUGCCAUCCUCUCCUGUCCCAAACCUGGCACAGUCUCCCUUACCUCCAGCACCCUCCGCCUUCAUCUCCCUAACAGCCGGCAAGAAUCCUGUCAUGUUUCUCAAUGAGGUGCGGCCAGGCCUCAAGUAUGACUUUGUGUCAGAAAGCGGGGAGAGUCAUGCCAAGAACUUUGUCAUGUCGGUGACGGUAGACUCUGAGAAUUUCCAGGGUUCUGGGCGCAAUAAGAAGCUGGCCAAGACCCGGGCUGCCCAAGCUGCUCUGUCUGCUCUCUUUAAGAUACAGCUGGACCAGACACCAUCACGACAGCCAAUACCCAGAGAGGGACUGCAGCUUCACCAGCCACAGGUCCUGGCAGAUGCAGUCUCUCAUCUAGUUAUUGAUAAGUUCAGCAAACUGACGGAUAACUUCAGGGCUCCACAUGCUCAACGGAAAGUCUUGGCAGGUGUUGUCAUGACAGCAGGUGCAGAUGUGAAGGAGGCUCAGGUCAUCUGCGUAUCCACAGGGACAAAGUGCAUCGGUCGUGAAUACAUGAGUAACCGAGGUUUGGCCCUCAAUGACUGCCAUGCAGAGAUUGUAGCUCGUCGGUCUCUCAUUAGGUUCCUGUACUCCCAGCUGGAGUACUUCCUCAGUAACAGUGAAGAAGAACAUCAGAAAUCCAUUUUUAUGCGGUGCGAUAACAGUCAAGGCUUCAGAGUAAAGGAAAAUGUCCAAUUCCACCUGUAUAUCAGCACCUCCCCCUGUGGAGAUGCUCGCAUCUUUUCACCUCAUGAAGGCGGAGUGGACGAUCAGGGAGAUGGACAUCCCAACAGAAAGGCCCGUGGGCAGCUGCGCACUAAAAUUGAGUCUGGUGAGGGAACCAUACCUGUGCACUCCAGUAACACCAUCAAGACAUGGGACGGUGUUCUUCACGGAGAAAGGCUGCUUACCAUGUCUUGCAGCGACAAGAUUGCAAGGUGGAACGUUGUCGGAUUUCAAGGCUCUUUGUUGAGCUACUUUACUGAGCCCAUCUAUUUCUCCAGCAUCAUCCUGGGCAGCCUGUACCAUGCCGACCACCUCUCCAGAGCCAUGUACCAGCGGAUUACUGAGAUUGAAGAGCUGCCACAGUCCUUUAGCCUGAACAGGCCACUGCUCAGUGGAAUAAGUAACACAGAGGCCCGUCAGCCAGGAAAAGCUCCAAACUUCAGUGUGAACUGGACGGUGGGGGACAAGGGUUUAGAGCUGAUCAAUGCCACCACUGGGAAAGAUGAUCUGGGUCGACCCUCCAGGCUUUGCAAACAUGCCCUCUACAGCCGAUGGAUGAAUCUACACUGCAAGCUCUCCUCCAUGCUGCGAAUCAGAACGGUGAGACCCAGAAGCUACCAUGAGGCCAAACAGGCAGCAAAGGAAUAUCAUUCUGCAAAGCAGACACUCUUCAGGGCCUUCCACAAUGCUGGACUGGGCGCGUGGAUAAAGAAGCCUAUAGAGCAGGACCAGUUUGCUCUCUCCAGCUGA